UUGGGAAUGUCAUUCAACAGAUUACUCUCAAUUUCUGUCAGACAGAUACAAGCUGAGAUCAAAAAAUCGUUACAGUCAUCAUCAUCGUCUUUAUCAUCAUGAAGGUUUGGAUUGUGUGUGUGCUGCUGUGUGCUGCCUUUACACUGAGGACUGCCACAGCUGCAGCAAUUGAGACUGGACAUGAGCAGGAUCAGAAACUUCCAGAGGUAACAACUGAACUGGCUGUUGAGCAGUUGGUUGAUGCAGCUGAGGAUAAGGAGGAAGCUCUCAAAGCAGAUGCUGCUGCUGAAGUUAAGUUUGGCUUCUGUCCACCUGGAUGGAUUAAAUAUGAAUCACGCUGCUUUCGACUCAUGAGAUCAAGUGUCUCCUGGCUCAAUGCUGAGGCACGGUGUGCAGCUGAACAGUCACGACUGGCAUCUGUUCGCAACAUUGGAGAACAUAAAUUCCUGCAGAAUUUGCUAGAAAUGGGUGGUUUUUCACAUGCUUGGAUUGGUGCUUACAACUUCCAGGGAUCAUGGCUGUGGGUUGACACAGCUCGAUUCUACUACACCAACUGGUACUCACUGAGCAGUGUGUCCAGCUACCCAUGUGCUGUCAUGAGGAACAAUGUUGGCUGGUCCAACACUAACUGUGGAAGUGGAUAUCCAUACAUCUGUUCUAUUGACUUAAAUACAUGUUAAAGGACAUAGAUGGUUAAUUGUCCAAAAUGUUGAUGCUGAUAUGCAUUAUAAGUUAAAUAAAUUUUCAUUUGUAUUGAGAACAUGAAAUGAAUGUUUGUCACUUAAUAAAUAAAUCAAAUGAAUAAAAGAAUGAUCCUACUGUCAA